AUGGCGACGGGUGCGAAACCCCAAGCACAGGAUGUGCUCGUCACUGUUUCGGUUCAGCAUCCUAGUCCCGAUUUCCAAUACCCUGAACGACGGGUCAUACUCGAGCAGAAGAUCCCAAGCGUCGUGCAAAUCGGCCGCACUAGCAAACGCUUCAGCUACCUAGAGGCGAAGGGCGACAACUGCUAUUUUGACAGCCCUGUAAUGAGCCGUGAACAUGCCAAAAUCACUGUCGAUUGGUAUCACAAGAAACUCUUUAUCAAAGAUGUUGGCUCACUUCACGGAACCUAUCACAACUCUCUGAAGCUGCCUCAGCACGGUGCCAAAGAGUUGACACCAGGUGAUGUUCUCAAGUUUGGCAUCGAUAUUCAGCGAUCAAACGACCUUUUUCCGCCUUGCACUAUCGUGGUGGACUGGGAAUUCGAUCAUUUGGCCAAAGCCAAACUCUCUGGCCAACUCAACGGUCGCCCUUCGUUCUCCGUGCCCUAUGACUCCGACUCGGAAAGCAGUGAUGAGGAUAUGUCCACCUCGGACGACAUCCGCGCCACUGUCGAGAAGAUUCGCAAGAUCGAGAUGCCUAGGUCGACCGUAGGCUUUGGCGGAUCUUUUCCUAGUGUCCUGCCUCCUACGUCCAUUGACCUUACCGCAGAUUCUCCCGUCCACGAAGUCAAUGGAGGUGCACGCUCUGGAACUCCUAUUGUUAUCGACGAGACUAUCAAACAUCACAAUAAUGAACUUUCCGAACGCCCUCCCAUUGACACGCAAGAUCAGGAGGUGACGCUUGAGCUGGAUGCUCCCCAUGAUGAAGACGAAGAAGACGAGGAUCUGCCCUCCAGUCAUAGGAUCGACUCGAAGCUUCCUCUCGUCUUCGCUUCGGAUUCUGAAUCGGAUGACUCUUACGAUGACUCCUACGACGAUGAGUCCGCGAGCUAUCCCGAUGAAGAAUCUUCGAGUCAAGAUCAAAUGCCUGAUACUUACGACGAUGAUAUCUGCCUCAGUGAUUCCGAAAUGGAAGAUCACAGUGACGUUGAAGAUGAUAUGGAUGCGGAGGAUGAGAGCGCCUCCAACAGCGAGAGCGAGAGCGAGAGUGAGAUCGAGCAUGGGCAGUUGGAAAUUCCAAGCUACGACGAGCAUGAAGACAGCCAAAUGAACGAUGACAACUACGACUCUCAAACCGACAGGGAUAUGGCAGCUGCCUGGGAAGCUCAGUACCCGCAACCUCAACUAGUGCUCAGUACUCCCCAGACGAACUACUACCCCCCGCCUGAUACUGGUCGUCAGUUCUUCCCUAUGCAGAUGCCAUCCCUCCCUUCUAUCAUACCUUACGAGGAACUGGAAGAACAAGGACGCCAGAACGACUUCAGACUCCCAUCAAUCUUGAAUCCUCUUGAUUCUCAUGUGGAAAAUCUUCCCUCGGUCAACAUAAAUGCUCAGCAACUGCAUGCGUCUGCACCGGCGGAUUAUCUCCUCCAAAGAGAAGGGGCGGCGGCGCCUCGUUCUUCAUGGGAACAAGCCCUGAAGAUUACUACGAAGGGUGACGCUGCAACGCAAUCCCUGGGGAUGGCUCAGAAUGAAGGGCCAUCGGCUGAAGCCCUUGGACAAGCCAGUGGCAAGACCGAAUAUUUCGCGGCGAGAGAGCACAACAAGGCAAUCAACCGCCGCCACGAGCAAGACCAUGAUGAAAGUCCGGCCCAACCUCGGACCCAGGUUCCCGAAACGCCUGCGUGUUCUAGCGAGCCAUCGACUUCUGAAUUGCCGCACGAGAGCAUUUGCAAUCAAGCAACCGCAGCGGAGCCGGCGAAACAAACCCCAAGAUCGGUCAAUAUCACCGAAACGGUCUGGUCUACAUCUGGAGAGAAGUUCCUGAAUAGCCCCCAAGAUUUCACCACGGCACAUGCAAAGGAUACUCCUGAGCUCGACAUGACAAGCGCUUAUCAAUUCCAGCAAAGUAAGCUGGGAUUUUUAACACCGCAGACUGCAGACGCCUCUCUGACCGCCGCUACCGAACCUGAGAAAGCAUCGCUAAACCUGACAUCUCCGAAGCGCAAAGCAAAUGAGAUUUCAACUCUUACGCCGCAUGAGGAAACGGUCGAGGCGGCCAUGAACAACGCCGCGAUCAGUGUGCAAACAAAUGCGAAUCAAUCUAUCACGGUACCAGUUGCCACAGAGUCCAUUCAAGGAACAGUACUUCCUCCUCCGAAGCGCCUGCGCAGCUUCUUGAGCAAGGCUGGGUACUUCUUUGGCGGUGGCGUUUUGACUGCGGCAGGCCUCGUAACAGCACUUGCUGCAACAGCCCCUGCUCUUUGA